GUGGCGAUAUUCCUGGGUCCGCGGCACCCGGGGCAGGUGGAGAGGCCAGGCUGGCCGGGGCUUCGGCCUCCGGCGUCAGGAGAUGGCGGCGGGAGGCAGGAUGGAGGACGGUUCCUUAGAUAUCACCCAGAGCAUUGAAGACGACCCACUUCUGGAUGCCCACCUUCUCCCACAUCACUCGUUACAAGCUCAUUUUCGACCUAGAUUCCAUCCUCUUCCUACGGUCAUCAUAGCAAAUCUUCUCUUGUUUAUACAUGUUGUGUUUGUUGUUUUAGCAUUUUUAACAGGUGUGCUUUGUUCUUACCCUGAUCCAAAUGAGGACAAGUGCCCAGGAAACUACACCAACCCACUGAAAGUUCAGACGGUCAUAAUCCUUGGAAAAGUUAUUUUGUGGAUUCUGCAUUUACUUCUUGAACGCUACAUUCAGUAUCACCACAGCAAAGUAAGAAACCGAGGCUAUAACCUGAUCUACCGAUCUACAAGGCACCUUAAAAGACUUUCACUAACGGUACACUCCACUGGCAACACAGUGUUGCUCCUCGUACUGUGCGUGCAGCACUCCUUUCCUGAGCCCAGCAGAUUGUACCUUGACCUCAUUCUGGCCAUCCUGGCCCUGGAACUGAUCUGUUCCCUGAUAUGUCUGCUCAUUUACACAGUGAAAAUCCAGAAAUUUAAUAAAGCCAAACCACAGCCUGAUGUACUUGAAGAAGAAAAAAUCUAUGCUUACCCCAGCAAUAUUACUUCAGAGACUGGAUUCAGGACUAUUUCAAGCCUAGAAGAAAUUGUUGAAAAGCAAGGAGACAUAAUAGUACACCUGAAGCGACACAAUGCGCUGCUGAGUAAGCGAUUGUUGACUCUCACUUCUUUGGACCUAGGAUCUCAGCCAAGUAGAAUGUGAGAGGCUCGUAAUCAUGACAGCGAUUGCAGAGGAAUCCAGAGUAAUUUAAGACCCACUGACUGCCUGACAAGCUGCCAUAGGGAAUUGUAGCUUUUGCUGAAUAACGAUUUUUGUUGGAAACCUGAAUGAGGUUCUCACCUGUGUGGGUGUUUAAUAUACAGGGCUUGUGGAUCAUUCGGAAGGUACUUUGUAGAAGCCUUGAUACCUUGAGAA